ACGAAAGUGGAGAACGACGAGGCAGAAAUACAAAGAAAAUGGCGAGAAUUGCGUGGAAGGCAGAAAUUCCGUAUAAAAUUGUUCAUAAUCGCUAGAUAAAAGUGUCUGAAGUGAGAAAACAGUUAAUAUUGAUUGAUAGUGAGCAUUUAGAGUGUGAAUAGUGAUAUCCUGUGUACAUAAAUAACCCCGAGAAGCUGGAUUUAUUCACAAAUUUUCCACCACGCACACACAUUUCUCAUUGCGUUUCAACACAAAAACGUACCAUUGAGAUAAAAAGGACAAGGAGAAAAGAAUGUGUGGAAAAUAAUAUAUGACAAUUCACAAUUCAGUAAUUCUCAAUAAUUGUGCUUUUGCAAAAACGCAGAAGGAAGAAAAAAAAUAUAGAAGCAAAAGCCAGAAAAUAUUUCUAUAUUUAAAAAUACCAUAAAGCGUGAAGUUUUCUUUCUCAGAAAAAUACAAUAUUGUGUAAUAAUUUCAUGAGUGUAUCAACUAUACAAUAUGGAAAAAGGACUAAAUCGAGAGAAAGGAAAAAAAGUUGAAAUGUUUUUGGACUUGUAGAGCUUUUAAUGAUAGCAGAACACGGGGCUGAUAAAUUUUCACACAUAAAAUUACAAAAAUAUUCGAUUAUCUCAACCUCAUCACCACGUAAACUUGUUUUUUUUCUUUAAUAACAAAAUAACUUUUGUGACAAAAUGAAAUUUCCCUGGAGUAAAAGGGCUUUUCGCGGAAAAAUAGAUUUCCCGCAUUAUUCCUCCUCCAAAUUCCAAUUGAAUUCAGCAUAAAAAGAAGCCAGGAAAAGGAGGAAGACGGCUUUUUCCUUUUGAUCCAAUCAGCCAAAAUACAGACUGGUUCUUAAUUUCUGUGAAAAAGAAAAAAAGGUGCGCAAUUGUGUAAAAAGAAUAAAGUGUGAUAAUUACCUGAGAACUAGUAGACACGAAAAAAAAACAAAUGCUAUACUUGUCAACGCGUCUAUACAAAUGAAAACGUCGCAUUUUUUGGCCCACUACGACUUCCCGAGUCGCCCUGUGAUUCAGGGUGGAACAUCAGCAGCAGCAGCUCCAAUUGGACAUCAGACAGGUGCUCAGGUUCAGAUUCACGAUAAAGGGCACUAUUACAGCGGCAACAGCGGAGGCGGCGAUUAUCCAUCCUCGUCAUCAAGCCUUCAGCUUCAUGCCACCAACACGUAUCACUCGUCAUCAUCCCAGCAGCACUAUGACAAUGAUUGCUCCAUAAUUUCAACCACUGGAGCUCUGCCCGCUCAUCAUCCUUCGUCCACAUCCGCCAAUUCCUACGGUGGAGCAAAUCCCUUGGACAAGUAUGAGGCAACGGCCAUUGAGUCUUUGACCACUUCGAGUACCAGCGGAGGAGGUACAACAGGACAAAACGCAGAUUUCGGAAGUGAAUUCCAAGUGAUAAGGAGCACAAUAAACAAAUACCACCAGCAGAGCAAAGGAGCCAAGAGAAAACGUGAAACAGCUGAGUGCGAUUGUGGAUGCGUUGAUUCAACAGUUGUGAGCAGUACAUCGGGGCCGGUAAGCACCGCCCCGUCAAACGGCUCAAAGACGGCACACACAAAGGUCGCCAAUUCGGGGGGCCAUGCUACAACGCAGGCCCCCAACAAACGAUCCAGUAGCGGUGCCGACGGGGACUACCAACUGGUUCAGCAUGAAGUUCUAUAUUCAUUGUCAGCACAAUAUGAGGUGCUGGAAUUCCUUGGACGUGGAACAUUCGGGCAGGUUGUUAAAUGCUGGAAAAAGGGCACAAGUGAGAUUGUUGCAAUAAAAAUCUUAAAAAAUCAUCCAUCAUAUGCCAGACAGGGACAAAUUGAAGUGUCCAUAUUGUCACGUCUGAGUCAGGAGAAUGCUGACGAAUUUAACUUUGUGCGCGCCUUCGAAUGCUUUCAGCAUAAGAACCACACUUGUUUGGUGUUUGAAAUGCUUGAGCAGAAUUUAUAUGAUUUCCUGAAGCAUAACAAAUUCUCACCACUACCGUUGAAAUACAUACGACCAAUUUUGCAGCAGGUUUUGACGGCUCUAUUGAAGUUAAAACAACUUGGACUGAUUCAUGCUGACCUCAAGCCAGAAAAUAUUAUGUUGGUUGAUCCAGUGCGCCAACCCUACAGGGUAAAAGUUAUUGAUUUCGGUAGUGCUUCACAUGUGAGCAAAACUGUAUGCAACACGUACUUACAAUCACGCUACUACCGGGCUCCGGAAAUUAUUCUUGGGUUGCCGUUCUGUGAGGCAAUUGACAUGUGGUCGCUCGGUUGUGUCGUAGCUGAGCUAUUUCUCGGUUGGCCUCUGUAUCCUGGUUCAUCGGAAUAUGAUCAAAUUAGGUACAUAUCACAGACACAGGGCCUUCCGACAGAACAUAUGCUCAAUAGUGCAAGUAAAACGGCAAAAUUCUUCUAUCGCGACGUUGAUUCAACGUAUCCUUUUUGGCGACUAAAGACACCAGAAGAGCAUGAAGCGGAGACAAAUACACGCAGCAAGGAGGCACGAAAGUACAUUUUCAAUUGUCUGGAUGAUAUUGGGCAAGUGAAUGUGCCGACAGAUUUGGAGGGUGGACAAUUGCUGGCUGAAAAGACAGAUCGCAGGGAAUUUAUAGAUUUGCUAAAGAGGAUGCUGACAAUAGAUCAGGAACGUCGAAUUACACCAGCUGAGGCUCUCAAUCACGCCUUCACGACACUCACACACCUUGUGGAUUAUGCUCAUUGCAACAAUGUGAAAGCAUCUGUGCAAAUGAUGGAAGUAUGUCGUCGAAGUGAUUUCCAUACAGUUCAACCGACACAGACAUUGGUCACUAAUUUUGUUCCCAAUACCACCGAAAAUAUGACAUUUACAAUUAACAAUCAAUUGACGAGUCAGGUGCAACGUCUGGUACGUGAACGUCCAACAACAUACGACAAUCUCUAUCAGAUUUAUGGUGGUCGUACUGUAGGUCGUCAGUAUGCAAGUGGACGAACAGAUGCCUUUCAGCAUCAACUGGUGUCCAGUAUUCUCUGUCCACCUGGCUACCAAGCUAUGCCGAGUCCCACGAAGCAUGUUGUUGUUGGUGGUGCUGCCAUGCAACCACCAUUGCAGAUAACAUCGCAGCAGUAUGUGAAUGUACCGGUGCCGGUGUCAAUGGUUGAACCGUCAUCGGGUCAGAGGAUGCUUCUGACAAAUGCUGUGCAGACAAAUAGUGUGGCAUGGCCACAGAAUGGUCGACAGGUGGCACUGGUGCCGUCGUGGCCACAGCAAGGAGCACCACAUUCGCUCAUUGUUGAUUCAGCACCAUUUCUCAAUGUGGAGGAAAUCUAUCCGAAGCAUCAUUUGAAUUUGCAGCGGCAUGAACCGAAGAAGGAAUCACCGGUGCAUCAUCUUGUUGUGCCGCGUCACGAUAAGAAGGAGACCAAUCAGUUGUCGCCGGUGAAGAAACGCGUAAAGGAGAGUACACCACCGCAUCAGCAGCGAUACAAUCGUACGCACAUCUCACCGCAAUACCAUCACAGUUCGCAUCAUUUCUACAGCUCGAGUGGGAGCAAUGGUGGAAUGCAGCAACAGUUGAUUCCGUUGCAGCAGCAGCAAGCUAUGGCUUCGUCUACGGGUGGGCAUCAUGUUGACAAUGGACACAAUGCUGGACAUCAUCAUCAUAGCAACAGUCACCACAAUCACGGACAUCACCAUGGACAUCAUGGAAGUGGCAAUGGUGGUGGUGGUCACAAUGCUGGACAGGCUGGAAAUGGAAAUUUCACGGGAGGUAGUACAACCAAUUCAGUGCCGAAGCAUCAGCAGACAAUCACAAUACACGAUACCCCGUCGCCAACGGCUGUGAUUACCAUUUCUGACAGUGAAGAUGAGAGUCCGGAUGUGCAACAGGCAGCGCCACCAUCGUGCAAAAACACCAAUCGCAGUCACAAUUCUUCAUCAUCCUCCUGUCGGUCCAAUCAUGUCACCAAUGCGCCGCCGACUAAUCAAAAUGUCGGCACAAUGACAAAUGCAACGUCACAGACAGCACUGGCGACAUCUAACAGAAAUCGCAAAAAUGUCAUUUCAUGCGUGACAGUUGGUGACAGUGACACAGAGGAGAGAGUCAAGAGUCCCAAAGUCAUUCAACAAUCAUCAGUUCCGCAGCACACGAGUAAAUCAUCAUCGUCCAAUCAUCAUCACAGUCACUCCCAAACUGUUCAGCAGAUUCCAACAAAUGAGCACAAACACAGUCAGAAAGUGUCUCAAGCCACCCCGGUUAAGUACGAACCUCAUGCUGUUCAGUCACAGAAGAAACGUCUGCUGGCCAUGGCGCAGAAUGAGUGUUUCCUCUCGUCAUCAUCGUCAUCGUCAUCGAAUCAGUUGCAUGUGCCCAAGCAAGAACCCACAGAGUUCACAUAUGAUUACACUCAGGUGGACAAGAGAGCUUCAUGGGCAGCCCCACCGGCUCAUCACAAUCAUCACAAAAGGGAUACAGCACCCUACAUUUCAUCACAACAUCCACCACCAAUGGCACACACAAAAAAUGCAACUGCAACAGCUGCAGCAGUUGCAGCCUAUCCCAUCUAUCGGCAGCAACAUCAGUCAUCCAAUACGCCACUGGGAAAUUCUCCAGGAGGACUGCUGCAGCAGGACAUCUAUGCACAGGGUGACAUCUAUCGACGACCAACGGUCUUUGUUUCCCAAGCACCCUACCAAACCUACAAUCGUGUGGUACCACCUCCAGCUCACAAUGGAUCCAGUCGACAAGUCUUACCGUCUCAUCCUUUGCCGGCCCAUAUUCAAUUUCCCACGCAGUACAGUCAAUUUGGUCCACUGAGUCCGGCUCAGGUGACCAACAAACAUGGACACUACCAACCCGCCAAUUUGUGGUUCGGUGAAUAGAAAUUUGUCACAUUUAUCUUCAUAUAAAUGCACUCAAUUCAGCGCAUUGAGUUGCAGAUGAAAUUUUGGAGAGUUCGUUCUCCUACUAUUUUUUUUUUUUGAAUUAAUUGCUGUUUUUAUGUGAAGUAACAUAAUUAAUAUGUAGUCAAUAAUAAUUUUUUUGUACAGUGAUUCCGAAAAGAAACUAUACAUAUAUUGACGAAGACACUGCACGUGUUAUUUCUUAUCGAAGAUUUUGUUUUUUUUUUUCUUUUUCAUAAAUAUUCACACAAAAUUAUUUACUUUAUGGUGGACAUUGUUUCUUUUUUUAUGUGUAUAUAUAUUUAAAACAGAGAUGGCAUAUUUUUUCUCUUUAGUUGUGAAGGUUUAGAAAUAAUGAAGAAAAAUAACGUACGAUACUGUGCAAAGCAGUCCACAAGAGUAAAAUGUUGCAAUGACAUUACAUAGAUAACGCAUCAUUAAAUAUUAUUAAAAGUACCUUUGGAAAAAAAAACAAAUGAAAUUUAUCCCGAAAUGGGGAAGAAUUUGGGAAAGGUAGUAUAAAGUUGGAUAAAUUCUUAUAGAAUUUAUGCUACAAACUGAUUUAUACUCUUUUCACAAAACAAUAUGAUUGUAAUGUGUUUUAUAUAAAUGAAAAACAAAAAUUUUAUUACUGAUGUGGAUGACAUUACUAGAAAAUAUAAAUAUGCUGGCCUAAAAUGUGUGAGAUGAUUUAAAAAGAAAAAAAAUAUACAGUGAAUACCAACAAAUGUGAAAUUUGCGCAAAAUUGCUGUGUAAGUAUUCUUGAAAAUUGUAUGUAGCCAAUUGAUUUUUUUCUGUUUUUUUUCAGUUUAGUAAAGCAUCUGACAAAAAAUAUCAAUGCUUAAUUUUGUGACUUUAAUCAAAAAUUUGAAAUAUCUAGGAAUUGGCAAAAUUAUCCGAUUCGAAACUUUAAUAAUUCACUAUUAUUCAUUUUUUUUUUCACUAAUAUAUUGCAUUAUUUUUUUAUAUUAUUAUCUGGAUAGUCAAAGUGCUAAAAGAGCAAUUAAUUUUUUUUUUAGUAAAUCCCAAUACAACAAUAAUAUUAAAAAAAAAACGUUUCAAAAUAUUUGCUAUAUACAUUGAAUAUAAAUGGUGAAGAGAUUGCAAAUUUAUUUAUACUGAUAUUUUAUUUAAAUACGGAAUAUAGUCGUAUAAUUAUAGAGCAUGAAAAAAUAUGAAAAUUAUAAAAUGUUUUGUGUGAUUUUUUUCUUCAACCAUAAUAUCACUAAAUUACUCAAAAAAAAUAAAUUGAAGUGAAUAAUAUAAAAAAAAUGCCUUAUUAACAAAAACAAAAAAAAUGAUAAAAGAAUAUAAAUCCAUAUAUAUGAAUUCUUCAAUAUUAAUGAUAUUAAAGAAAUUUGUAAGUGAAUGUAUUAAAGAUAUGUAUGUAAAAAAAAAACAAAGAUCAAAUGCACAUGGAGGUAUGUGUAUUAAAAAGAAACAAAAGAAAGUCAUUAUUAUUUUGUAGAUUUAUAUAUUUUCAUAUUCGUUCUCUUAAGAAUUACAUUUUUUUUAAGGACAAGCAUUCAAAAGAAAUUGUGCUUAAAUACGUGUUUUAAUUUUAUAUCUACUAACUAUCCACAACACUAGGAACGCAGAUAGAUUAGCUUUCUUUUUUUUGUUACUGAAGGGUGAAAGGGCGUCUUCUGGCCAGGCUACAAUUUUUACGCCACUUUGAGUGAAAUAGGUAAUUUUUCAUUAUUUAUGACGAUACAGAAGGUCAAAAUCCCCAGUAAAAGCUUGUUACAAUUGCAUUUACCUUCACGGAAUCUUAAUCCUAGCUUCCGGAAUUGGCUUACUGUGACGGUUGCACCGGGCUUUCCCAGAGAAAAGUAGCUCAAUUUGAAGAAAAAUCGCCUAGGUAGCGAGAGGUCCCAGUCUCCAGGUCUAUCCUGCUCGGAAAAAAAAUCUUGUAAAAUCUUGUUUAUUCUUAUGGAUUUAUAUGAAGUAAUAGCAAGAUUUUGGGCUAUCCCUGUCGCCCUUAAUGAUUCUUGUAAAAUAUUGGUAUUUUCAACAAAAUAUCUUCUUAGAACUCAAUCGUCUAAGAUUAUAGCGCAAAAUUCUUGUAAAAGCUUUGUCAAAAUCUUGUUUGCAAAACCGCACAAAAUACCAAAAUUUUUGGCUAUCCCUUACAGCAUGGAAAUUUUUCUAAAAUGUUGCUAUUUUAAACAAAAUAUAUUCUUAGAACUCAGUCCAUUAAGAUUAUUAUGUAAAAUUCUUAUUAGGAUUUUGUCAAAAUCUAGUUUUUAUUUUGAAAUUUUUCAACAGAUAGCACUGGAAGAUAUGUAGUUUUUAUUUUGUACAAGAGGUCCCGGGAUUAUGCAUAGUUUCGAGAUCAAGAAAAACCGCACGAAACGGAUUUAUUCAUACUGAAGAUUUGCAUAUCCGUAGGAGACUUUUUUUUAAAUAGGGUAAAUGUUCUAAUUCAAAACCAUUUUCAGACGCUUUAACUUUGGCAGAAGAUUCAACAUACUAAGUUCAUAUUUUUUCUGAAGAGAAUUACAUAAAUUUGCUCCUUGACUCUUCUAGCAUGUUACUGUUUAGUGAAAAUUCUUUAGAUAUAAUUUUAAAACUUCUUAAAUACAAGAAAAAUACGCGAGCAUAAAAUGCUUCUAUUAGAAACAAAUUAAUCCAAAUGGAGACAAGGGAAAGUUUCUAAUUGGAGACAAACUGUGUAAGUGAAACCGCGACCAACGGCUUCCAAAACCUUGUUGAGUUGCUCUUGAGUGCAGGAUUUGUUCUUAUUCCUGGUCUUUUCUCCUUUCCCAUCUAAAACAAUAAGAAAAUCUCUCCAAAAAAUCAUAUUUCCGGGGUUUCCUAUUGAAGCAUUUGCAGACACUUCAGAAAAAACCUUUUUGUUCACGAAAUAGGUAAUUAUUUCAUUUGAAAACUUCAUGUACCGUUAACAAUAAAGAUUAGCACUUAAUUUAACUAAAAUUAGCCAGAAAUUAGCCAUGGUCGAUCGAUGAAAAAAUUCAAUGGUGAAAAGGUACACUUUUAAUUUUUCUGAGAAAUUAACAAAUUAAAAUUUGUGAAUAUGAAUGGAUAUUCGCAUUAUUUGGAGCAAAAUCAACUAAAUAAUGAAACUGUGGUAUAGAAAAUAUAUAAAUAUAAUAAUUUAGUACUGUAUUUAUCAUGAAAACAAUGACGUUUCCAUUUGGAGUAGCGAGAAAUUUCCAUUUGGAGCAGGUUUUGAAUUAGCUUAAUUUACCCUAAGUUACAGAAAUGCUGUGAUGUAUUCAAAAUAUUGUUAGAAAAGAAAAAGGAACUUCAAAAUUCUUAAAUAGUGCUAUUACCACUUUUCUGAAGAGUCCACAAAUUGUAGCACAUUAUGGUCAGAAUUCCAGAAUCCACCCUUAUUUGGUUUUCAUUUUUUUUUUUAAUAUUUUAAACACUAUACACAAUGUGUGUUACAAUAAAUGGUGAAAAACACUUCAAUAUAUGCAUUAUAUAGGUCGUAGCUUGAAGUAAAUGACAAACUACAUAAAACUGCCACAUUUGCAUAAUUAAUGGGUGAAAUAGUGACAAUGCAUAUAUUCACUAUAUAUAAAUAAGUAUAUAUUUGUAAAUGCUACACAAAUGAAACAAAACAAAAUAAUAGUGUUUGCAAAUGAAUAUUAGAAAACUGAAAGAUUUUAAUACUACACUUUUUUAGGUGUUUUUAAUAAAAAAAAAAUAACAUUGCUAUGACAAAAAAAAUUCGAUGCUUCAACUAUCAAAACCAUAAUAAACGAAAAAAAUGUCUCUUGUCCCUAGGCACUUGAUUUUAUUUUGAAUAUUUUUUAGGAGAGGGCUUUUAAAUAUCGCAUGUUUGCAAUGGAAGUGGAUAGCUCUUUUUUAGUUAGGUCAAUAUUAAACCAUUUGAGAUUUAAUUGAGAUUGGUUUUAUUUGAAAAGUCUUGAAAAUUUUUAUUCACGGGAACGAAUCAGAAAAUAAGCGGUAAUUGAUUUUUUUAAAUUCAGUUCUGCUUUUCUUAUUAAUAUGGUUGUUACUGGUAUGAAGACGAAUCGAUGAGAGAUAUAAAUAUUCGUACUAUAGUAAAUUGUCAUAAAUCAGCAUUAAUUGUUAAUUAAGGAGGCCUAUAUGGGAAUUGAAAUGAUCCGUGAAUGACACAAUUGUAUUUUUUUUCACUAUUUCUAUAUAUAAAAUUCGCAAGAUCAAGCGUUAUUUUGAAUAAAGAUCGCAAGAUCGAAUGAAUUCUGCACAAAGAUCAUAAGAUCAAACGAUUUUUGGACAGAGAGACUUCGCAAGAUUCUGUGAUUUCUGCAUAGAGAUCACAAGAUCCAGCGAUUUCUGCACAAGGAUCACAAGAUCGAACGAUUUCUUCACAGAUAUCACAAGAUCGAAUGAUUUCUACACAAAGGUUGUAAGAUCGAACGAUUUCUUCACAGAGAUCUCAAGAUCAAGUGAUUUCUGCAUAGAGACUGCAAAAUCAAGCGAUUUCUGCACAGAGAGAGUUCGUAAAAUUGAAUGAUUUGUGCAGAGAUAUCUGAAUAAUGAACGAUUUCUGCACAGAGAUCUCAAGAUCAAGCGAUUUCUGCACAGGGAUCACAAGAUCGAAGAUUUCUGCACGGAUAUCACAAGACCAAGCGAUUUCUAGACAGAAAUCACAAGAUCUAACGCCUUCUGAACAAAAAGCAGAAGAUCGAACGAUUUCUUCUUAUAGAUCAUAAAGAUUGAACGGUUUCUUCACAGAGAUCUCAAGAUCAAGUGAUUUUUGCAUAAAGACCGCAAAAUCAAGCGAUUUCUGCACAGAGAGUUCGCAAAAUUGAAUGAUUUGUGCAGAGAUAUCUGAAUAAUGAACGAUUUCUGCACAGAGAUCUCAAGAUCAAGCGAUUUCUUCACAGAGAGAGUUCACAAGAUUGAAUAAUUUCUGCACAGAUAUCUCAAGAUCGAACAAUUUCUGCACAAAGAUCAAAAGAUCGCACGAUUUCUGCACAGAGAUCACAAGAUCAAGCGAUUUCUGCACAGGGAUCACAAGAUCUAACGAUUUCUGCACAGAUAUCCCGAAAUCAUGCGAUUUCUGCACAGAGAUCGCCAUAUUGAACGAUUUCUGCAUGGAUUUCGGAAGAUCGUGCGUUUUCUGAGUAGGUUCGCUUGACUUCUGCACAGUGCUCUUAAGAUUACGUAACAGAACCAUUAAUGACAUACUUUGUCACUCCUAUAAUGCUACAUUUCAUUUCAUGGAAAAUCAAACACUCAGAAGAACCGUCCUUAAUUUUAAUCUUGGCAAAACUGACCACGCCCAUUUUGCCAAUUAGUUUUGAAAAGUCAUUGAAUGUUGUGCGAUUAUUAAUUUUCUGCUGAAGUUUCUUUCAUCGCUGAAAGUGCGAAGAAUUUUAUCAAAAAUUUGUGCAUUAAAAAGUAAAUUAAAAUAGAAAUGAAGUUGUGCCAAUUCUAUUGGAAACGUGCGAUAUGUAAAUGGGAUGGAUUUUUUUGUUUAAACAAAAUAACAUUUAUUUUUGUAUAUCGUCAAUUUCUAUUGAGUAUUUAGUAUUUGGAGUGUAGUGAAUUUAGUAGGAUUGUCAAAGUGCACUCAAAUAUUUGAACAACAUCUAGGUUCAUUAAAGAUAUCUUAAAUAAAAGAAAAAAAAGAAUGUAUAAGACUAAUUACUUAUUAAAGGGUUUAAUAACAAAAUUUGAUUACUUGCUAGAGUGUACUGUAUAAUACAAAACAAAAAAAAAUACAUAUUAAUUAAAUGAAAAAAUGGAACAAAUUAAAAUAUAUAAGUAAAAUAUUUUUGCAUAUUUUUAUAUUUAAUUCAAUGAUAAUAUUUAGAGAAGAAAUGUGCUGUAGAGAGUCAUGAGAGUGAAAAAUCAGGACUAGUGAUUACCAAGUGAAGAACAACACAGUUGUUAUGAUGCGACAAAAGGAAGUAGAAAUAACUUUGUCGUUUCGAUUUGGAUAAAAAAAAGAGAAAUGGCAAAUUAUCCCUCUGAGUGUGUAUGUAUAUAAAUUUUUGAGUGUGACUAACUUUCAAAGACAACCCUAAUAAGACAUAGAAAUUACUUCUGAACUGCGUGAAAAAGGAUAAAACACGUUAUAGCUCUAUCGUACCUAGAAGAGGUUGGAUAUUUGAAGAAUAAAUAUAUACAGCACUAAGACGAUAAAACCAUAAAGAUAAGGACUUAGUAAUUCAGUGUGAUCCUAACAAAAUGUAAAUUAUUAAUCGAUAGAAAAUUUUUAAUGUUCAAUAUUUCACAGUAGAGUGUUCUUUAGUGUUCAAGUGCAAGAGAUAAAUGCAAUAUGCAAAGAACAAUUUGAUGAACACUUUUUUUAGGUUUCUUUUCGUUUCUUUUUUACAUUACGGCAUUUUCUAACCACCUCAGGUCAAUCAAUUGAUAUAUAAAAGUAGUUUACAAAAAAAAAUGUUAAUAAAAAUUCACGUUUGAAUUAACCAUUUCAAACUAUGAAUUCAGCAAAAUACUUCAAGGUGGAUGUUCAUUAACACAAAACUCUAGAUACAAAGAAAAUCGUUUAAUUUGAAAUAACAGGGCGUAUCUACAAAUUUCUUUUGAUAGAAUAUCAAUUUUUUCUUGAUAUUCAAGGGGAUUAUUUUGGGAAGAAAUGGUCAAUAAAACUGAAAUUUCAAAUUUCAAAGUGUCAAACAGAUGACUAAAAUGUUUAACGUUUUGCUAUUGGUUGAAACUGAAAGCUUUCUCAUGAAUUUAAGCUCAAGGAUAUUAAGCUUUCAUGCUAUAAACUUAAAUUAUGGCAAAACGUGAGUUAAGCGCCAUUUGCGGAUAAGCCAUGAAAUAUUUUUAUAGCAGAAACAUUUUCUAAAAACACGGUAUUAUGGGAAAAACCAACGCUAAGUUUUAUAGCAAACUGAACGAGUGUCAGAGAAAAAAUUGUAAGAUUUGACCACUGAUGAAGGCUUAGCGACCAUAUCGAAAACUCUGCAGACAAUUGGUGUGCUUUUCUGAGUUAUUGGUUCUUUCCGACUGCUGACGACUUUCGGAAUUUUCUAUUGUACUUCGUUAUCGUUUUGCUAUAAAAAUGGCAUUUGACUAAUGAUCUUGCGAAUCAAAGACAAGGCUGGAAUAACUUCAGACUCUUGCCUGGGAACAUUUCAAGACCGACUCCGAAAACCUGUUUAAGGGGCGAAGGAUAGACGUGCCCUGCUAAUCUGGAUUUCUGAAGCCCGAGACUACAAUAGGGACAAGCAUGAUAGGGUGAUUUAUCAGAAUGAAUAUCCUUAUCAUUAUCCUUAUAAUGUAUGAUAUUUACAUUAAAUAUUCAUUAUUUCAAGAAGUAAUAAACAAGAGAGUACAAUUAAGUAAAAUCAGUAAAGUUUCCAGUACCUAUCAAUUCUGAAAAAAAAAUUAAAAAUUGAAAACCAAUUAGAUCAGUUAACGAGGUUGGGAUUCCGGCAAUCGUCGAGAAAAUACAAUUCACCCAGGAAAACUUAUCAACUUUUUCCAGAGCUUUCGGCUUGGUCUUCAAGCCUUUAUCCGUGGUCAAGUCUUUCAAAUGUUCUCUGAGAUUUGUUCAUUAAUUGGGUCAAGAUAUUCACAGGGCACGUAGAGGGAAUAGGGGCACUUUUUUACAAUUUCCCAGGAUUUCUCCAAGAUCGUUUAUUACAAUUUUCUUAACUUUUCUUCUUUCUUGGGCUUCUUCGAGGUAUCCAGCCUCAUUACAGAGACAAUUAGAUCAGUCUUCUAGGUUGAUUUAGAUUAUUUUAGCUUAGAGACCAUGUGCUUCACUUUAACCUUGUUUAAAUUCAUUUGAGUCAAUUUCGGUUUUAUUUUCCUAAUUGCAGACACCGUGCAAAAAAUCAGAAAAUAGUGCAUAUUAGCGUUAUGUGUUAAUGUAUUUCCACUUUGAAAAAGACAAAUUAAUUGUGAAAAUCCUAUAACUUGAAAAACAAAAACCCAUUUAGAUGGAUUUCUAACCUCUCCGUGAAAAAUUUUGAACGAUUUUGAGCAAGUUUUUUUUGAAAAUACCGAAAAGACACAAAGAACGUGAGUUGUAGAAAGUGAAAAUCGUCCAAAAAAAAGUUCUUUUUAUAAAAUGCUAUCUUCAUCCUUUUUCACAGUCAGAGAAAGUUCUUUUGAUAUGUUUACGUAUAGAAAUGGGGAAAUUAAGUGAGAUAUAUAGGAAGUAAAUAAAACCAACAGAAUAUUAUUAAAUGAAAAAAAUCAUUGAUACGCACGUAUUUGAAAAAAGGUGUAUUAAGAGAAUCAAAUUUUAACUAAUAAAUACCUAUACCGUAACUUUGUGAUUAAUAGUUGUUGUAUAAAAUGACUCCUAAUAUAUAGAAUUUACUUAUAAAAAAAAAGGAUAACAAACAAAAUGUAGGGAAGUUAUUUGAGAAACUGUAAUUGGUUCUAGGUGUUAGUUUGAGAUUACAAAAAAAAAACAAAAAAUAAAUGAAAGGAUUUAGAACUGAAAUUAUAAAAUUUUAAUGACAUAAGCAAAGAAUAUCUGAAAUAGACUCUGAUAGAUGAAGAUAACAAUAAAGUAAAGGAAACAGAUAAAAUAUUAUAUGCUACAAAAUUAUGAUUGUUUUUUUUUACUAUUUUUUUACACUUUAAGUAUUUGGUGUAUUCAGUGUUUUACUUUCUUCUAUUUUUAUUGUUUUGCCUCUAAUCUAAGUUUUUUUUAUAUAAAUAUUAUUAACAAAAUUCUUAGUAAAAAUAUAUUUAUUAUACCCAUA